AUGCGAGAUGCAGGUUCUCAUACCCGUCGUGGAGCCUUUAAGAUAGAAGCGGCAAUUUAUCAGAGGCUUAUGAGGGAGACGGUUCGAUGGUUCACAAGCCAUUUCUGGAUUCAGGCGUGCACCCAAUCUUGUGCAUCGAUGUCGAGUUGCCAACAGAGAAACAGCCCAAAACUAAUUGGAGGAGAAGCGGCAACAGCAGUUCCCCGGCUGACCACACCCUCAACGUCUCAAUCGGGGGAGCAGUUGCAAAGAUCAGCUUGUGAUGAAUUUUGGCUGGAGAAUGCUGGCUUGGAGUCUGCCAACUAUAUAUUAAGUAUGGCGAGUGGCGUUCCCGUCGGUGCCAGACCCCACGAUGAUGCAACUCUGAGGUACGUCUUGCAGCUAGCUCCCCGCGGGACCGAUUUCAAGUUCUUCUUUACCCACCUGAAUGCAUUCAUCUAA